UCAAGGAAACAGCCUCAACACGCCUCGUGGCUUUGACAUUCAGACUGCAGCGUGUUGUGGUCCUGUUGAAACCCUGAAUGGUGGUUCAGACGUGAUCUCUGGUUGUUUUCAGAGUCUCUCGACCUGCGGCCACAGCGAGAAAGGAACGGGUGUGUCCGGGCUCUCUUGGCAGGGCACGCCGGAAGGGAGGAGGGCCGCCUGUCUGUGUGUGUGUGUGUGUGUGUGUGUGUGUGUGUGCGUAUGUGUGUGCGUGCGCGUGCGUGUGUGUGUGUGACGUCGGGCUGCGGGAGGCCGGUGUUUGUGAUGGGAGCUAGCUAACUAGGAAGGGCGACUAUAUCUUUAAGUGAAAGAAAAACCAAACAAGAAGCAAUCCUCGGCGUCGCUGGGCCGCUUCGCUGGAUCACGUACCGGGGCUGUCGAUAUGAUCUUUGUUAAACUACUCCUCACGCUGUGCUGCCUCGGAGCCAUUACAGGUCAGUUUGGGAACCCCUUGGACAAAUAUAUUCGCCAUUAUGAGGGUUUAUCAUAUGACACAGAAGCCCUGCACAACCGUCACCAGAGAGCCAAGAGGGCACUCUCUCCUCAAGACAAGACUGUGCACCUGGACUUCCAUGCACAUGGAAGACACUUUAACUUGCGGAUGAAGACAGAUACAACUCUAUUUUCACCAGAUCUCAUCAUUGAGGUAUCGGGAGAGGAGAUUCCCGUUGAUACUUCACAUAUUUACAGUGGAGAAAUCUUUGGUGAAAAGGGCACACUGACCCAUGGCUCUGUGAUCGACGGGCGCUUUGAAGGCUUCAUUCAAACUCACCAAGGAACAUACUAUGUCGAACCCUCCGAGAGGUACCUAAAGAACAAGAAUGUGCCAUUCCACUCCGUCAUCUAUCACGAGGAUGACAUCAAUUAUCCUCAUAAGUAUGGCUCAGAGGGCGGCUGCGCUGACCACUCAGUGUUGGAGAGGAUGAGGAAGUACCAGGCAACUGCAGUAGAAGACCCAGUGAAAAAUGUGAAAAGUGUGUUGAAGGAGGAGGAGGAGGAGGAGGAGAGCUCCCAUGGUCCUGUUAUUCUGAGGAGAAAGAGGGCAGCGGCGAAAGAGAAAAACACUUGCCAGCUCUUCAUCCAGACUGACCACCUCUUCUUCAAAUACUAUGGCACAAGAGAAGCUGUCAUUGCCCAGAUAUCCAGCCACGUAAAGGCUAUUGACUCGAUUUACCAGGCCACUGACUUCCUGGGCAUUCGAAACAUCAGCUUCAUGGUUAAAAGGAUCAGGAUAAACACCACCGUUGAGGAAAAAGACUCCUCCAAUCCUUUUCGCUUUGCCAACAUCGGAGUGGAGAAGUUUUUGGAGCUCAACUCUGAGCAGAACCACAAUGACUACUGCCUCGCCUAUGUCUUCUCUGACAGGGACUUUGAUGAUGGGGUGCUUGGCUUGGCUUGGGUCGGGGCUCCUUCAGGAAGCUCAGGGGGCAUCUGUGAGGAGAACAAACUGUACUCUGAUGGGAAGAAAAAGUCUCUGAACACUGGUAUCAUCACUGUGCAGAACUACGCCUCCCAUGUCCCUCCAAAGGUGUCCCACAUUACUUUUGCUCAUGAGGUUGGGCACAACUUUGGCUCUCCUCAUGACUCUGGGGUCGAAUGCACCCCUGGAGAGUCUAAGGCGCAGGACCUAAAGGAGAAGGGCAACUACAUCAUGUACGCCAGAGCCACAUCAGGGGACAAGCUCAACAAUAAUAAGUUCUCCAUCUGCAGCAUCCGCAAUAUUAGCGCCGUUCUGAUGAAAAAGAGAGAUAACUGUUUUGUUGAGUCUGGACAGCCUAUCUGUGGUAACGGACUAGUGGAAGACGGAGAAGAGUGUGACUGCGGCUACAGUGAUCAGUGUAAAGAUCCCUGCUGCUUUAACGCCAAUGAAGCGGAGGGCAAAAAGUGCAAGCUCCAACCUGGCAAAAGCUGCAGUCCCAGCCAAGGCCCAUGCUGCACACCACUGUGUACUUACAAGAGCACGAAUGACGGAUGCAGAUUGGAGUCUGAGUGCGCCCAAGACGGCAAGUGUAAUGGAGCUACUGCUCUGUGUCCUGCCUCAGAACCAAAGGCAAACUUCACCUCUUGCCAUGCCGAAACACAAGUCUGCCUCAAUGGGGUAUGCUCUGGUUCCAUUUGUGAAAAGUAUGGUCUGGAGGUAUGCACCUGUGCCAGCCAAGAGGGCAAGGAUGAAGCAGCUGAGCUGUGUCACGUAUGCUGCAUGGAAAAAAUGAAUCCCAGCACCUGCAGCAGUACAGGCUCAGAAAGAUGGGUCGCAAUCUUCAACAAGAAGACCACAACGCUGCAGCCCGGCUCCCCCUGCAAUGACUUCAAGGGCUACUGUGAUGUGUUCAUGAGGUGUCGUCUGGUGGACGCCGACGGGCCUCUGGCAAGGCUGAAGAAAGCCAUCUUCAAUGCAGAGCUCUAUGAAAAUAUUGCAGAGUGGAUAGUGGCUCACUGGUGGGCAGUGCUUUUGAUGGGCAUUGCUCUUAUUAUGCUAAUGGCUGGCUUCAUCAAGAUCUGCAGCGUCCACACCCCCAGCAGCAACCCCAAACUGCCCCCGCCAAAGCCACUGCCAGGUACACUGAAAAGGAGAAGGCAGCAGCAAGCAAACCAACAGGCACAGGGCCAGCGCCACAACCGUCAGCACAGAGAGAACUAUCAAAUGGGACAGAUGAGACGCUGAGACUCUGGUCUGUGCUUUGCCUUGUUUCUUCCUUGUGCCUACAAUAUGAGCACUUCACUCCAAAGAGUUACCUUUACCACCUAUAGCAAAAUUCAAAGAACUUGCAACUGGAUCAGUUUCACUGGACAAGCCCAAGGUGUUUUGUUGGGCCUAGCAAACUCAGCUUUUAUAGGAAAUAAAUAAAUACAUUUUCCAAGGAAAGACAGGAGAAGAAAUUGACUGAUCUCUGUUAUGUGGUCUUAAUGUUUGAAUGCUUUUUUUUUUUUUACCAGAAUGGAGGAAAGAGAGGCAGCUUUGUACUAGAGUCGCCCUCCACUGUCCUUCAUCUGUGCCACCUUUUUCCUUUCCUGUUCUUCCUCUCUGCAAAGUGCUGCCAUCAUCAGCACGAUGGCAGGACUGCAAGUCACAAUGGUAUUUACUGCCACUAAAAACAGCAUCGAGAUGUUCAGUUGGAAGAAAACACUUUUUUGGCCAAUAUAAUAAGAUUGUUAUAAAUCAGUUCACCAUCAAAAGCUUUUUAUUUCUAAAGCAUAUAUAUUAUUUCAGUGUGCAAUUGUACUGGUGUUGCAGUAGUUCUUUUUCCGUGUUUCAAAUGAAAUUGAUUUUCUUAAAGAUUAUUACCUGUUUUAAUUCACUUUCUCAGGAUUUAUACAAAAACAGCAAACAAGUGUAUUGAGUGGAAAAGAUGAUUGCAUGCGUUUUUCAGGGUAGAGUCCCUCGUGGCUGAAGCCUGUACAGAAGGGUUCAUGUUGGCGGCUGUCGGAUGUAGAAGACAGGUUGUAUGAAAAGAAUUUAGAUACAUGAGCUUAAUAAGAAUAUUGUGUCAUCUGUUAUCAGAUGAAGUGGAGAUUGAUUACCUGGAUGUGUAUAUGUAUGAUAUGGUUUUGCGGCUGUGUUUACAUAAAUAUAUAAUCUUUUUACUACAGAGUAUGUCUUUACAUUCAGAGUGAUGUAAGUGCAACCAAAACAGAGAAUGUGUUCAAACUUAAUUUGGAGGACAAACAAGCCUGCGUAUAUAAGAAAUUAUUACAGAAAAGAAGUCCCAUUGGGAUUGUCCUGUCCACAUUUUCACUUGUUUUGUUCUGUCCAUAUUUUGAAUUUCACACACUGGCCGUUGUGUAAGAGAUUACAAAACCUGUUAAAACCACUCAAGAGCAGUUGGAUCCUCUCAGCCUCUGUAUCCAGAUGAGGAACCUUUCUGGUUUAGAUGUGAUUUAGCUUUUCUUCAUUACACCUGCAGUUCAUAUUAUUUGUAUAUGUGGAGGAAUUGAAUCAAUUGAGGAAAAACUAGAGCUUCUAAUUUUAUUCUUGCUUUGUUGCUGCUGUUAACAGACAUUAACCAGAGCGAACAAUCACAACUUGUCUGCCAUCCACUGCUGUUCUGUCCUUUCUUUUCUUACUGAUCGUAAUUUUCUCAAAUAACUUUGUUUCCCUUGUUACACCCUCUUGGUUUGUGUAAUUGCAUUAAAAUGUGCCUACUCAGCAAAGUUUGACCGAAGUUGGUGUACUAGGGUCAAUGCUCUUUACCAAGGCUGAAACCAUGCAUAUUGAUCCGAGCACUGUCAUAAGUCAAUGUAUGACAAUCAUCGGAAAUGUAAUUGACGAUUAAUGUAUAUUGGCCAACACGUGAAAAUCAAAUGUUACAAAAACAUAUUUUCCUGUCAUACUCCAUCAUUUGUUUCAGAUUUUUGAGAGAUGGUAAUUAUUAUUUACAUUGUAUAAUAUUCUAACAUUCCCUUGCUCUAAUUUGGCUUAGCUUGAGUUUUCAGUCGUCUCCAACUUGGGUCAACUUCACUGACAGAUAGGAGGGAAGAAUACUACCAGUUGAGUUACUCGCAGACUAUAAAGAAAAUUAUAUCUAUAGUUUCUUAAAAUAAUUUUAGGAGGGAAAACCUUGGUGGCGCAAAGACAGAUUUAUUUUUAUGUUCACCUUUACAAAGGUGAUGUAUGGAGCACAGCUGCAGCUUUGUUUUCUUUGCAAGGUGUAAGGAUGUUGCGUUAUUGAUCAGAUGGAUUCUAUGCAGAGUAUCACAGAGCUCAACAGCGAACAAGUUCCUCACAGAGAAAUGCCUUCGAUGUUUUCUCCUAAAUGAGCACAUGGAAUAUUCUGUUGUGUUUUCAUAACAAACUUGUUACUCGUAUCUGUGCUGGAGCAAAGUUUCUGAACAGACAAAAAUGCAAUCCUCUGUUGCUCCUUUUACUGAUUUUGUUUGUCUUUCUGGUGCUACUGGUAGUGCUUUUUCUUGGGUUGGAGCUUAAACUAUAUUUUUUAUUAUCUUUGGCAAAUUUUAAAGCUUUGUGUGUGUGCCUGUGUGUGCCCGAGUGUGUGCUUGUGAGUGUGUGAGAGCUUCUUUGCUGAAUCAUCUUUAUCUAUUUUAUUGACAUGGUAAAAUGUGGACAAUACUGGGUGUUAGGGUAUAAUACUCUCUGGGAUUUUUUUUUUCUGUUUCACAUGUGUCGCUAUGAUGUUCAAAAAAUGUGCACUGAAGUAUAAGUGAUGUGAACAAAUAUUUCAAAAAGGUAUAGAUUCAGUACUACUGUCUGAUUUUAAUGUCUCCUGUGUCUUAUACAGUGUCUUUCUGUUUUUCUUUACAUUUGUUGGUCUGUUUCCCAUUCUGCUUACUUUGAAAAUUCUACUUAAUUUGCAGCGUUACUGUGCAAAAAUAUAAUUUCUUUUUAAUUACUUGAAAUUAAUAAACCAGAGUUUGUUUAAA